GGCGGAGAUGCUCGGCAGGGAUAUAAAGGCAAGGCCGCAGCAGCGGGGGCAGCAGGAAUGAACAACAAUAUAAGAAGACACUUCGAGCACAGAGCAAGACACUCUUUUGAUCUUUCGAUAUUUUUCUACACUUAACAUAAGGUUACUGGGUCAGGAAGAUGGCCACCUCAGCAAGUUCAAAGCUGAGCCAAGCUGUUAAACAGCACUACAUGAGCCUCCCUCAGGGAGAAAAAGUCCAGGCCAUGUACAUAUGGAUAGAUGGAACAGGAGAGGGACUGCGAUGCAAGACCAGGACUCUAGAUUUUGAACCGAAAUCCAUAGACGAUCUUCCCGAGUGGAAUUUUGACGGCUCCAGCACGUACCAGUCAGAGGGCUCCAACAGCGACAUGUACCUGAUCCCGGCGGUCAUGUUCAGGGACCCAUUCAGAAAGGACCCCAACAAGCUGGUCCUCUGUGAGGUUCUGAAGUACAACCGCAAGCCAGCAGAGACCAACUUGCGGCGGAGCUGCAAACAGAUCAUGAGGAUGGUGGAAAACAACCACCCAUGGUUUGGCAUGGAGCAGGAGUACACCAUCCUUGGUACAGAUGGACAUCCCUUUGGCUGGCCCUCCAAUGGCUUCCCAGGUCCACAAGGGCCUUAUUAUUGUGGAGUUGGAGCAGAUAAGGCGUAUGGCCGGGAUAUAGUGGAGGCCCACUACAGGGCCUGCCUGUACGCUGGGGUUCAGAUCUGCGGAACAAAUGCGGAAGUCAUGCCAGCCCAGUGGGAGUUCCAGGUCGGACCCUGUGAGGGCAUCAACAUGGGGGACCACCUGUGGGUUGCUCGCUUCAUCCUGCACAGAGUCUGCGAGGACUUUGGCGUGGUGGUGUCUUUUGACCCCAAACCCAUCUCAGGGAACUGGAACGGCGCUGGCUGCCACACCAACUUCAGCACAAAGGAGAUGCGUGAGGAGGGAGGACUCAAAGUCAUUGAGGAGUCCAUCGAGAGGCUGGCCAAGCGGCACAUGUAUCACAUCCGCGCGUACGAUCCCAAAGGCGGACUCGACAACGCCAGGCGACUCACCGGCCACCAUGAAACCUCAAACAUCGAUGAGUUCUCGGCCGGGGUGGCCAACCGAGGAGCCAGCAUCCGCAUCCCGCGCUCGGUGGGACACGAGAAGAAGGGCUACUUCGAAGACCGCCGGCCGUCAGCCAACUGCGACCCUUACAUGGUCACGCAGGCGCUGGUGCGCACCUGUUUGCUUAAAGAAGAAGGCGACGAGCCCACAGACUACAACAAAUGAGCCAUCUACUGGAAGGGGUCCCUAUUUAUACUGCAUUUAGUCUUGUCUAUGUGGAGACUCGAUAGAAACACUUCUUGAUUUUUAUACUUGACAGAUGAAGUAGUUGAAGUAUCCCUGCAUUGAGUUGUGUGCAUCAGCUAACGCAAACACUGCCUCCUAUUAGCAGUAGGUAUUGUGACAGUAUCAAGUAAUCGUUUCUAUAGAUGUGCACCAUUAUUGUCUGUCUUGUACUAAAGUAAACUUUAGAAGAGCCUCAGCUCUUAACACUCAGCCAAAGGAUCCAAAAGGCAUUUGAAUGUUUUCGUGACCUUGAAACCUCCGUCACUGUUUGUCACAUCUUGGUAAGGUCAUGUUGGAGUAAUUUCCUUUUUUAUAUGCUUGUAAAUGAUACAUGUUUUUGCUUUGUCUGUCUUUUUCACCAGUUAUCGACUCUAAAAUAAAUCACUAAUGUUUUUUAUUACAUUUGA